AAAUACUAUUCAUUCAAACAAACACUUCAUUUGAUCCCAAGAUAUUACACAAUAGUUGACACGAAUGAUGGCAUCACUCGAGACCACAGAUGACGGCAAUGAAGACAACAGACAACAGAUACAAAUGUAUGCGAAGGACUCAAUGGACAGAUUCGGUGAUGAUUUGUGUCAACUUCUAUUGUCUUAUCUCUCAUUCAAAGACCGAUUCCGUUACGAAUGUGUGUCCAAACAGUUCCAGAGAACAGUCUUCGAAAGUGUUGUCGACAUCACUCUUAGCGAUGGCUUUAUUAUGAAUCUAAUGUCGGGAACAUUAAUUGACACCCAAUUGUUGGCCACAAUUGCCAGAAAGAUUGCAAACAUUGGGUCCAUUGACUGCCGAGGAAUAAAUAUCUCAAGACUACCGGCGCUGAAAACACUGUUCGUUGAGUUCCCGACCGAUGGCUAUAAUUUCAAUUGUAAUGAUUUGAAUGCUGUGUUGUCUUCGAGUCCUAAACUCAAGAAUAUUGAAUUCCGUGUAAACAAUGACAACAGGUUUUAUUCAAAGGCACAAUAA